AUAUUCAUCCUCUUUUCUCCUCUAAACUUCAAACUCCAAGCCCUACUCCUUCUUCCUGUCUAUAUCGUGAGAAAUCGGCGGGCUAUGCUAAAUGUAAGUUCCUUGUUCACAAUCUAAUAGCGAAGCCAAACCGUUUCUUUGUUAAGGGUACUCCUUCCAGAUUGCAAGGCGCUUCCCUUAUUUAG